AUGGCAGCUUUCAAGGCUCGGGCUUCUCCAGCUGGGAACGCCGACACGGCGGCCGCUGUCCACCCCGACACUGCGCUGCUUCUUGCGACUAUGCGGCACCACCAUGAUCUGAUCAUCCACCGCUUGGAUCAGCAAGAGCUGCUUCUCAGUGGAACAAGGACGAACUCUCCUGCACCAUCGCGUCUCGAUUUGAGUCCCAGAGCAUCACCAGCGGAAGCAAGCAGUGACUUUGCGGCUUCCUCGCCAAUCUCUCCAACUGCAACUUUACCAACACGUGAGGACGUGUUCCGUGUAACAUUGCGCUCCUACACUGAGGAGGACACGCAGCUACGCACCGAAGCCGACCAGGCUGGCUCUGUCACGAUGCGGAAGCGUUUUUCAGACCAGACGACUCGCCAGACGACUCAGCGGUGCAAGACCAGGCUGCAAGAAGAGAGGCGUCCAUGGGCUGCUCGAAUCGUACACCACCCUGGUUUCGAUGUGUUCUUUGCGUUUGUCGUCAUGGCCAACGCCAUCUUUAUAGGUUUUGACAUCCAGUGGGUCUUAGAUGGCGGAGCCUUGGAUGAGAACGGUCAGGAAACAAGGACAAGGCCUGUGAGCUACAUGGUUUGCCACUAUGUCUUCUCUGCUUUCUUUCUAGCAGAGUUGGUUCUGCGACUGAUGGGUAGCCGCUGUCGAUACUACUGCUCUGAAGAUUGGGGAUGGGCCGUUUUGGACACACUCAUAGUAGCCACGUCCUGGUGGGACAUUUUUGUGGAACUGGCAGAGGCCCUUUUGCAAGAUGAUCGUUGGGACAGCAUCUCCGGGCUGUCAACAUUGAAAGCCAUGCGAAUUGUUCGCUUGACUCGCGUACUGAAGACGGCCCACUUUCUCCGGAUAUUUCGGUUCAUCAUGGCCCUGCGGAUGUUGGUGCAGUCAAUACUACACACCGUUAAGGCUCUGUUUUGGGCAUUGCUCCUGCUCGGCCUGAUCAUAUAUGUGUUUGCUAUACUCUUCGCGCAGGCAGUUUAUGACUUUCGUGUCGAUUCAACAAAUCCAGCAUUGCCAGAGGAGGUGCAGAUUGCAUCCGAUCGCUACUUCGGCACGCUCAUUAGAAGCAUGAUCGCUUUAUUUAUGAGCAUAGCUGGUGGAGUCAGCUGGGAGGAGGUGAUCAGCCCGCUGAUGUGGGUGUCUCCCUUUUGGGAGGGAUGCUUCCUCUUUUUCAUCGCUUUCUCGUAUCUGGCUGUGUUGAAUGUUGUGACCGCGGUCUUUUGCCAGUCGGCGAUCGAGUCAGCACAAAGUGACCACGCGACAGUGGUGCAAAACAUGUUGGACAACAAGGAGCAGCAUCUCCAGAAGCUGAGAGCCUUGUUUGAGAAAAUCGGUGACGAUUAUGUUGGGGGGAUCACUUUCCCGAUGUUCCAAGAGAAAAUCGACUCCCCAGCAGUCCGCGAGUAUUUCGAGACGCUCGGAUUAGACGUGUGGGACCCGUGGGCUUUCUUCAAGCUUCUGGAUGCCGAUGCGGGUGGCGUGGUAGAGUUGGAAGAAUUCUUUUUGGGGUGCCUGCGCUUCGGCGGCAACGCUACUGCCAUGGAAGUCGGCCAGCUAGCUGCUGACCAGAGGUGGCUGAUCAGAAGCCAGGGUCGUUUUCAAAAGCUGGUCGAGAACGAGCUCUGCUGGACCAGGGAGAACAUCGCCUCUUUGGCCAACGCAGUUUGUGCUGCCACAGGCGGUGUUUGCUCAAACGAGCUUUAA